AUGGUUGGUUUCAAAAUAUUGUUUACUUUAUGCGCGUUUGCCAUUUGUUUUUGUGCUUCGGCUUAUGUUGACACCUUACAAAAAUGCGGCAAAAGCGAUGCAGUUUGCCAAAAAAAGUUGCUCCAAUCAGUAUUAAAGUCGAUCUCUAAAACCGGUAUACCUGAACUUGAUAUACCACAAAUAGAUCCGAUACAACUUAAAGGCUUCAAUGUAGCUAUACUCGACCUAGUGAACAUAACCCUCGUUGAUGGAGUAGCUAAGGGAGUUAAAGACUGCACAGUCAAUAAAUUUGAAGCCAAUUUCGACGAUCUACAUGCAAGUAUCGAGCUAGUCUGUGAUAUAACUAUCAAAGGACAUUACUCAGUUUACUCAGGGAGUCCCCUUAUUAAAAACUUUUUAGGAGGAGAUAAUAUCCAUGGUGAUGGAAAUGGAAAAGCGAAAAUAGAAAAGUUCAAAGUUGCAUUUGAUUUCGAUUUCACCGUAGAAAAACGAGGAGAUGAUUUAUUCAUUAAAAGCAGCAUUGACAAGAUGAAAUACACGUACGAUGUUUUAGGUAAAAUGGUAUUUGCAGCUGAUAACCUUUACGUCGGAAAUAAAGAACAAAGUGCUUCCAUCGUCAAGCUUAUGAACGAAAACUGGCGUAUUUUAAUGGAUAUGGUCGGAAAGCAAUUCGUAGAGAAAGCUAUGAAUUUUGUUUUCAACUUUACUCAGAAGUUCUUCAGCAACGUUCCCACUAAGAAUUAUAUCGUGGAUGAUUUGGAAAAUUAUGUCAGUAGUUGAAACUACAGAACUUCUUAUCAGAGCAUUAUAACCAAUAGAGUUGCAGAUAAAAAAAAAAGUAUUCACCAUUUAUAUUUAAAUAGAAACGAACAUUAGAUACCUAAUUUGAUUGUGUGCUGUUAAAUAAUGUAUUGUAAAUAAAUGUUAAUAAAUAUCA